CUUCCGUUUUCCUUUUUUUCACUGUAUCUGCUUGUAGGUGCGGCAAAUACUUCGUUUAUUGUCAGCAUCCAGAGUUCAGAAGAUUUCGUAUUUAUCUACUCUACUAUAAUGCAUAUAUUCUCUUUCCAAUCGGAAAUAUUUCAGAGACAGCAAGUGUAUGGUUUACUCUAGUUCUAUCUGUAGAACGUUACUUAACUAUGAGCCAAAUAGGUUCAGCAUAUCAAAAUAAACUCAGGACGCAAUCACCUAACACAUUACUUUCAAAACAAAAAAGUGAAAUAUUGUAUAACACAAACCAUUCAACUUAUACCACAGAAUAUCAAGAAACUUUUAAUGAAGAUCAAAAAUUGCCAAAAAAGGAUUCAAUUGAAACAGUAGAAAAUGUAGUGAAACAGCAACAGCAUCGUGAACAACAAACAACGGUGGGUAAUUUCAAAUGGUAUGAAAAGCUCUCGAACUGUUGUAAUUUAUCAGUAUUAAAACAACAUAUCAGAAAUAGUUUGACCAAUACUCCAACACCAAAGUCUUUAUGUAUCUUACAUAAAUUACACCAUUCACAUUUAGAUAGAUCAAUAGGACGUUGUAGUUUAAAUAAAUGCAUACAACUGUAUGCUUGCCGAAAUUGUAACUUCAAACAUUCACUAGUUUUUAUAACAUUUUUCAGUAUACUACUUAAUUUGCCACUAUUCUUUGUUCAAAAAGUUGUCAGGAAAAAUAAUCCUAUAAAAAAAUCAGCAAUUAAACAAAUGGAAAACAAUAAAACAAGUGAGUGGCUACAUACUAUAUCAAACCACUUCAAUAAUUUAACUUCAACUGAUAAUCAAUACAAUCAGGGUCAAAUACAAGUUUUCACUGGGCUUACAGAAUUCGGUAAUUCAGACUUUUAUAAAAUUUUCUCAUGGACACGUAUUAUGUUAAUACAAGUUUUACCGUUAUUAUUCCUAUGCUUCGUCAAUUUUUGUUUAUUACGUUUCAUACAUAUAGCAAAUAAACGUCGUCAAAAGUACUUAUUACCAGAUUUGUCUAAUAAAAAAACCGGCCGUUUUAAAUUACAUAAAGCAAAUUUGCGCAGUACAAAAGUUAAUAAAGCUUCAAGCGCCAAAUGGCAAGCGGCACAGCGUAAAUUAACCAUUUUAUUAAUUGUUAUUAUUUGUUUAUUCAUAGCCGGACAAAUACCACAAGCAUUUGCAUAUAUUACUAUAUUUGAAGCAUUUAAUAGACAUUUUGGUAAUGUAUGCAAACGAUGGAGAUGUUGUCCUCCAUAUUUGAUUUAUCGUUCAAUAGCGCAUAUGUUGGGCUUAUUUACUUACUCUACUAAUUUUUUUGUUUAUCUUACAUUGAAUAAACAUUUCAAACAACAAUUAAACAUUUGGUUCCUAUUAAUAUGCCCUAUUAGUAAACAAUUUCGGAAAAAGUGUUUAUUAAAACAAAACAAAUCAAUAAAUCAUUCUUAUGAUCAGUCAAAAUCUAAAUUAUCAUUCACAAAUCAACAUAAAUCAAUAUCUCUACCUCAUAAUAAUCUUUAUUAUCGUAUGUGUAAAAGAAGACGUUCAUCUACGCUAUUUUGUAAUCCUACAAAACGACUAAUAUCAAUUGAUAAUACAGAUUUAUCUUCUGAAGCUGUUUCAGCUCCAGUUGAUUUAUGCACUAGUUCAAAAUGGAAAAAUAAAGACUUUCUACAAUUAAAUGAAAUGAAAAAAGAUCUAUUAUCAACAACUAUUCAUCAUUCCCCUCAAUGUAUAAAUAAAAUCAAUUCAAUUAUUAAAUCAGAAAAUACUAUUGAUUAUAUCAAAAUGAAUUAUUCCUCAGUACCUGCUAUUAAUGACGUAUCAAACUAUUUAGUCAUAUCAAAUCCUGUCAAUACAGAUAAUAAUCUGCUUUAUAAACCUAUAGAAACUCAAUUUCAACAAUCCUCUUUAAUCACUAAAAAUAAUGACCUAUCAAUUAAUUCUAUACAACCAACAAAUUGUCAAACAGAAAUAAAAUAUGAUUUAAAUAAUCCAUCAUGUAUUUACAAAACUUUUCGUGCUUAUUAUUCACAUGAUUCAGUGAUAAAAAAUUGGAUAUUUCAAUUAACUAAUAAUAAUAAUAAUCAGAAUUCUCAAAAUACUAAACAAAUUACAACAUCACAAUCACACUCAAUUUAUUCAAAUCAAUUAAUAACAAAUAAAGAUAAUUUAAACAAUGAUUUACAACGUGAGCAAUAUGUUCAGAAUUAUGAUAAGCGUAAAGAAGAUAUGAUUAAUAAUGCAAAACAAAAUAUUAUACAUUGUGUAAAUCUUAAUAUGUUGCGCAAUAGUAAUAAUAAUAAUAAAGAUUAUUAUAAUAAAAGUAAUGAUAAUAUUAGUAAUAGUACUAAUAGUAGUACUAGUAAGAACAGUAAUAGUGCGAUAACAAAUUCAAAAACUUGUACUCAUUCAAUAAUUGAUUCUGAUUCACAUGGUGUUGGUUUGACAUUUUCACAUGUUUAUUGUCCACUUAUAUAUAGAGAGAGUGAUUUUGAUGUGAUUUCAGUUGAUGAAAGUAAUGCACAAGAUGAACCAGAGCCUAAUUCAUUUCUAUAAAGUGUAUGUUUUAUGAAAUAACAUAUGAACAUUUGUUUAUAAUAAAAGAAUUAAUAUUUUCGUUCUUAAUGUUAUAUCUAGUAUAAGAAGACUAGGAUCUAUGUAUCGUUGAAACAUAUUAGCACAUAAAUAAACAACAUAGUAUAUAUCUAACAUUAUUCUGAGAUAUAAAUGCUUGCUAUCGUUUCAAUGUUGUUUCUUCAUUUAUAGUUUUACCAUGGUCAUCAUCAUCGUAUGAGUAGAUUUCUUCCUGAU